GUGGUUGGUUCGGCCGUGUCACGUGGGACAGGCGCCGGGUCCCCAUUGGGCGCUGAGGGGCCUAUCGGGGAGGUCCUGGGACAGCAAUCAAGCCUGUGAGGCGGUGAGCCCGGCUGCUGACAGACGAGCCCCGGCGCAGGCGAAGCGGCGGACAUGCUGGCCAAGCCGCUGACGCUCUCUGCCCCGGGGAAGGCUAUUCUCCACGGGGAGCAUGCCGUCGUGCAUGGCAAGGCAGCUUUGGCUGUGGCCUUGAACCUGAGAACGUUCCUUCAAAUUAGACCCAGUAAUAACGGAAAGGUCUUAAUAUGCUUGCCUAAUAUUGGAACCAGUUUAAACUGGGAAGCCGUCCGGCUCCGGACACUGCUAACGGCAUUUUCAGAUGGCUUGGAUGAAUCUAAAUGCCCCAGCCCAGAACAAAUGGAUGCACUGAAAGAGUUCGCAGGAAUCACUACUGGACUUUCAGCCACUGAGAGCCUUGGUACCCUUGCAUUUCUCUAUCUGUACCUGUCUAUUUCAGCUAAAUAUGGACAGAUACCAAGCGUGGAGAUAGUGGUGUGGUCUGAGCUGCCCACGGGAGCUGGGCUAGGCUCAAGUGCUGCCUAUUCUGUUUGUUUGGCAGCUGCCUUGUUGACUGCAUGUGGAGCCAUUGGCUGCCCAUUAGAGGAGGAGAAGUCCAUCGUCAGGUGGCCUGAGGAGGAGCUGGAUUUAAUUAACAGAUGGGCCUUUCGGGGAGAGCAGGUCAUCCAUGGCAAGCCUUCUGGUGUGGAUAACUCUGUAGCAACUUGGGGUGGAGUACUCAGAUUUCAGUCAGGAAAAAUCACAUCAUUGAAGAGAGUGCCAACUCUAAUGAUCUUAUUGACCAACACAAAAGUCUCUCGGAGCACCAAGAUCCUUGUGGCAGGUGUCAAAGACAAGAUCCUUAAGUUUCCUGCUAUAAUGAACCCAGUGCUUGCCUCAAUAGAUGCAAUUUCUCACGAGUGUGAAAGUGUUCUAGAAGCAAUGGCUGUGAGUCCAUCACAGGAUUAUUACCCUGUGCUAGAGGAGCUCUUUGAUAUAAACCAGCAUCACUUAAAUGUGAUUGGAGUUGGCCAUCCCUCACUGGACAGCGUGUGCCGAGUGACCGCCACGCAUGGGCUGCACAGUAAGCUGACUGGCGCUGGAGGAGGUGGCUGCGCAAUCACUUUGUUAAGACCAGACACAGACCCAUUGAUGGUGGAAGCAGCCAGACAAGAUCUCAGUGCCUGUGGAUUUGAAUGCUGGGAGACCAGUAUUGGGGCUCCUGGAAUAUGUCUUCAUUCGCUGUCAUCUUUGAAAGCAGAAGUUCUGCACGUCUUUAAUGAGGUUUAAGAUGACAUGGACUUUGACUGUACCCUGCCUUCCUGCCCCUGCAAGUUCAGAGCUUCUUAACUCUUCACCGGAGUGGCCACCCAUGGUGCUGAACACACUACAGAGUUUAGCUUACGUUGCCAGUCUGAAAUAUUUUGUCCCCUUUUCCAUGUCUGUGGAAGUGUUGUGAACUGAGACACUGAACCUAGUUCAGACCUGGUGUAACUAACUGGGCAGCUCCACUGAAGACAGUGGAAUUAUUGCUCUCACCUACCCUAGCUGUGAGUCUGGCCCUGUGUCUCAACCUUGAAGCUGGAUCUUGAAUUUACUUAUAGUAUAAACACUAUAAUGUUAACAGCGGGCACGAGAGGGAGGGGCGUUAACCCUGGUGUCCUGGCCAACUUCCGGCUUGAGUAAUUAUGUGUUUUACCUCCCUUCGAUGCAUAGUGGGGUAUCCUCUUCGCUUCGCCUGCCUCUUGAGGCCAAGGUGAGGCUGGAGUAGUUAGUGUGCACAGAGUACUCUGAGAGUUUCUGGUGAAAGGCACUACAGAAUGCAAAGCAUGAGACUGCUCCAGUAUUUCUACUAAUGCUGUUAGAGGCACUGCUGAGAUUUAAAAAAAUUAAAUGGCUCUUACCUGUGUCACUAAUUGAAUCUCAGAUAAAUAAAGAUGAAGAAAGUGAAAUUCUAAUACUUUGCCCCAUUUUUUAGUUUCUGUUAGCACAUCCCUUCUCUGUCUAGGCUGUUACAUUAGCCUCCAUAGCCAAUUGUCUGAGCAGGCUUGCUGUUUGUAGUCUCACGGUCUGGUUCUCACAUUAAUAACACCACAAAAUCUGCAGGAAGAUGUUUAAAGCCAAAGGCACUUUUCCUUUAUUUUAAUCUCAUGUCAGUAUUUCUAUUCAUAGUAGAUUUGUUCGAAUCCCUGGGUUUUUGUUUUUCAAACAGUCUAAACGUUGGUCCCAAAUGCGGGAUGUUAAGGACACGUUCCUUUAGUUGGGAAUGUAGAAGGUUAUGUCAAUGGAUAUCUGUUACUAGUCAUCCUUCCUUAAUGCCACUUAUUGGAGUGGGGUGCCAGAGGAGCUUGACCCAUAAAGUAAAUCAAUUUCCACAAUAUUUUUGCAGUUUCUUAAUUGAUGCUAACUCUAGUCAAGUGAUCUACUUCUCCAGUGCAGAGUCAGUAUCUCUUCCAUUACUUGUUUGGUAGCCUCCAGUUUUGGAAUGGGCUGUUGUCCUUCACCCCUCAACUUCCAUACCAGACACUUCUGUUAUGUAGAUAGUGUCUUAAUCAACAAAUUGACACUUGACUGUGUUAAAUGUAGAUUGCAGCAUGCAUACUAGAAUUAGCACCCUCCUCCCAUUGCUUCUAUAUUGAGCCCUGGCUAGAUAAGAGCUGUGUGGAUGCCAUUCACAACUGUAGUUCAGCACUGGCAAUUGGCACUGUUGAAAAAGCUCCUUUCCCUUAAUGCCCUGGUUAAGCAUUCCCAGCAGCCCAUCCGUGUGGGGAGGACAAAAGUCUAGGUUGCUUUCAACUGUUUUAGCACAAUGGGUUACAGAGCUGCCAAUGGCUGGGGGAAGAAGGAGGGGACUUCUUAGCAUCUCCUACUGUGGGUUUUCUUGCUUUUUCAAGGGUUCCAGAUGCUGUUUCACAAGACAGUCUGUUUCUUCAGUGCAGCGUGAGCUGGAUGGACCCACUAACUUGUUUUAGGGCCUGUCUACAUGGGGAAAUGUACUAGCAAAAUAUUCCAGGUACGCCUCCACAUGGGGAGCCAUAAUGGUAUAACUACAGUGGCAUAAUUAUACAGAUGGAGACUAGUAAAUGUCCCCGUGUAGACAAGCCCUUAGACUUCUGGGAUAUCUUUUAUAUGUAACAGCUUUGCUGAAUGUCCUAAUAUGUAAUCAAACAAUGUGUAUCCACCCCAAGAAAAUCUCUGUUCUCCUGGAACCAGGGUAUGUGACCUGUCCUAUUAGGCUUGGCAGAAAAUUUUUUUUCACUUUUUGAUAAUUUUGGCACCUGACACUGAUGUAUGUAUGUUUGUUUUUUAAAGCAUUUUUUAGACUUCUCUUUUUUAUUUUAUUUGCACAGUUGCAGAAAAUUAUGCAGGGGGUCAGGUAAUUAUUUGGUUAUGAUAGGUGCUGAGAUUCAAAAAGUUAAAGCUGUGUAUAACUGUUUAAAACACAAAUCGUCAACAUCACGUAUCCAAAUAUACAAAGUAAAUAUCCUUAAAUUAAACUCUCAAGUAGCACUUUUCUUACUCUGCCAUCUGUAAAUUUUGAUUAUCAAUGGAAAUAUUUUUGUCAAUUUGUGUGUAUACAAUGAAACUGACAUUUAUCAAUAAAAUCUAAUCUUUCCAAGUA